CUGUUUUCGUCGUGUUUGUUGAAAAUUAGUGAAUUUAAUUAUUUAUUCUAUGAAUAAUGGUACAUAUUGCUAUUGAAAACCUUCUUUCGUCGUGCACGAAUCGUCCGCUGUACGAGGCACUGUGGUUUUUGGCAUUUACCAAGAAUUCACGACCAGAAAAUCUAGAAAAUGAAUCAGUUUCUGCAAUUUGUAACGAGUUGAUGGCUCGUAUAAAGGAUGAAAUAAUUGAUGCUCGAAGCUUCCUUAUAUCCACUAAUUUGGCUUUUGGAACUGUCCGAUUAUAUAAAGCACAAAUUGACAAACUUUAUGAUCAAGCCAAGUUUGCUUUACAAUCAUGCAACACAACUUUCAAUCACAUGGAUUGGUUUACGCAAAUGACGCAAAUCACCUCUACUCCAAUUGUUCAGCCUAAAACUCCCCGAACUCAGAAAAUCUUAAUACGAACUCAAACUACGAUCAAAAAGAAGAGUGCUAAGAAAUCACAACCAGCACCAAAACUUUUGGAUGAUUUUGAUCUGAUCGAGAGCAUUUAUGCUAUAGCUGAGGAUGAUGAAGAAGAUGUUGUAAUGACACCAGUUGUAAAAAGUCGCAAGCGUGGAAGUAACAAACAUGAUACAGGCAUUGGAAUGGAUCCAACUAUGGCAUCAGACGUUCAUGCUAUAACUAUGCGAGAACCAAUGACUUUAAUGACUUCAGGCUAUAAUACAAUGUUAACUAAUGAGGAAGAGGAUGGUUUUGGUGAUAAAAUGGGAGAGGAAUUUCAAAGCUUUCUUAAGGAAACUGACAAUACUGUUUUGACACAAGAUGAGCUAAUUCAAUCGACAUCCAAUUUAUUGACAACUAAAAGCCGUAAACGUACUAAGAAUAAUGAAGAAAGCUAUGAAAUUAAGAAACGUCGUUUAACUUACAUGAACUAUAGUGAAUCAAUUAGUGUUUUGAGAAAUGCGAAUGUUGAUCAACAAGUUCCGAACAUCAAUAUUUAUGAGCAGGAAGUUUCAAAUAAAAUAGGCGAAGUUUCAACAUUUUACGAAAGUUUAAGUGUCUCAGAAGCAAAUAAUCGCCAUUCGAUGCAAGAAAGCUCAUUGCAUUUUGAGCCGAUGGAUAUUGAAGAGCCAUCCUUGACUACAUUUAAUGAUCCGACAAUUCUUAAUACGACAUUUAAUGAUCAAUCGACUUUGCGAAAUACUACAGACACUUUAUUGGAAAAUUUGACACUUAAUGAACCAACAAUUUUGGAUAAUGACGAAACAAUGAUUCCUGACAUUCCAGUUAAUGACGUCCCAAUGAUUGAACCAGAAACAUCAUUAGAAGAAUCUGAAUUUAUUUUGGAUGAUGUUCCGAAGUUUAUAAAACAAAAACGCGUCCGUAAAUCAAGAAGUUUAAUUACUGAUAAGCAAAUUGUACUUCCAAUAGAAUCAGUAAAGAAAGGAAUUCAAAACUAUAAGGAAAAAAUCAUUGGAAUUGCCCCGUUUGCUGAUUUUCAACGAAGAAUGCAUUUUUAUAAGUCAUGUACUGAUGUUUUAUUCAGCACUGGUAGUUUUCGUUUAAAGAAGUCUACCUUACAUGAUUUGUAUGUCCGAAAUAUGAAGAAAGUUCCCACAAAGUUGUUGAAACAACAGAUUAAGGAAAAUGUCAGUAAUUCCAAAGAUAUUAAGAAUUUACGUCGCUCAAGUCGAUCAGCAAAAGUUAUUGUUAAUCUUAAGGAACAUGAACUAAAUAACAUCGAAGAGGAACCUGAAAAUAUUCUUGUUGCGCAAGUUAUUGAUCCCAAGGAUGUAGAAAUGAAAGAAAUUUCACCUUUAAUCAAGAAUUCAUCACCAGAAUUAGACAACAUCCUUAAUGACAUUGAAAAUAUCUCGCCAGACAUUAUUCGAAAACCCAAACGUCUUACUCGAUCUGCAACAGCUAAAAUGAUUCUUAAGGAAUUGAACAACAACAAUAUUGACGUAGAAAUGCAAGAACUGGAACUUCCUGAAAUCCAACCCUAUUUGGGUAUCGAAAAAGUACAGCCUAUGGAUGAUUUUGAAUUGCCGCCGGCUUUAAACUAUGAAAAUAUUAAAGUUAAUAAUGUUCACAUCAAAGAUGUACAAGCAGCUGAUUCUGAACGAAUUGACCGCAAGAAAAUCGUCAUUAAGAAGUUGACAGAAUUCUGGAAGCAAAGCGACAAAUUAAUUACAAUGGACAAAAUUUGCGAUGGAAUGUUACGUUCCGAAGCAGCAGGCACUUUCUUCGAAUUAUUACUUCUAGCAAAACGCUGUGUAGUUGAGCUUGUUCACAAGACAGACAGCCUUGAAAUUUCAAAUAUUUUGUGCAAAAUGUCAACAUCUCAACUUUCAAAGGAGCUUUACUGUUAAAGCAAGCAUUAAUCAUGUCUAUUUUUUUAUUUUUUUGAAAAGAAUUUAUAUAUUUUAAGUAUUAGAAUCAAUGAUUCAUAAUUUUUUAAAGCUAUUAUGCUACGUUUAGUAUCUGAAACAUUAAUAAGAAACAGCAC